UUCUCCCCACUCUGUACAUGUCAAUGGUUAAAUGUUGUGUUGCGAUUGCGUCGCAUAUGCGAGCAAUUUCUACUAAAAAGUGAUAACAGCAAAUAAUAAAUAAUAUUCUAAUCGCUAAUAUGCCAUUUAUUUCCAAAGACUGGAGAUCACCAGGCGAGGAAUGGGUUAAAACUGAUGAAGGCUGGGAGAAGAAACGCGUCCUGGAAUGUAUGGGACAGCUGACACAAAGCCAGAGAUGGUCAUCAUUGAAUAAUUGUAGCUCAAAUAUUGCGUUUCAGCAAUCUGAACAAUGGCAAAAUAGUAUUGAAAAUAAUGAGCUUGUUAGUGAUAGUACAAGUAAUAAUGUACCACCCCACUGCCACAUAACAAUCAAGUGCACUCGAGAGAUUGCUGGAUUCAAUGGUCUCGGGGAGGCUGUGAGAAGGUUAGACUUCGUAAGCGCAGUGCGAGAUGUUAGACGUUUUCAUUACAUUUGCGCAUUGCUAAGGCUGCUAGUUACCAAUAGAGGACUGACGGGGCUACCCGGAGGAGCACAGAGAUUGUUACUAACUAUGUUAGAGGAAGUUGCUACACAAGUGAGUUCCAGUCAACAAAAUCUCCAUGUAUUACGUGGAUUACUUUUGCAAUUACGCUCACUAGCUGAACAAGAAAGAGGAUCUUGCUGGGGCAGACCCCUAGGAUCUAAAACAUUAUGGGUUGAACAUCUUAACACUAUCCAACGAAUUUUGGAUAUAGGAAAUCAAAUUCAAAUACGUGAACCUGGUCCAGAAAUAAAUCCUAAGCUACACAACAUGCCCGAAGAAUGUGUUAGAGAAAUUUUAUUAAGAAUUUCUGAUCAUCGAGAUCUAGAGGCUAGUUCUGCUGCUUGGGGUGUUAUGGCAGCUCUGUGUGGAGAACAAAGGAUUUGGCGUGAAUUAACAAAUUACCAUUUCACUUCCCAGCAAAUAGAUUUUAUGGCAGAAAAAAAGAAAAUUGUACAAGACAAAAAUACUGAUUGGCAGAGACUCUACCAUGCAUUGAGGAGAACGUUCGGCCUUCGCGAGGAUAUGCAAUAUGCGGAAACGCUAUCGUUGUGCCGGCAUUGCCGCUGCCUUUUCUGGCCGUCCGCGGGUCAUCCCUGCAUAGCGGACCAGAGCCCCGAGUUCCGCGCCCGCAUAGAAGAAGCUGGAGGCCCGCUCACGCCUCACCCUGUUCCGCCAGCUGCGUUCCUUAAAUUUUUCUCGUUGUGAAACAAUACUCGUUAGAUGUUUUCACUUAUCAAGGACUGUAAUUCUAUAACUGACUACUCGAGGUCACAUGAAAAAAAUUGAAUGGGUGGAGAUAUAAACAAAAAUAACAUUUGAUCUUUUAAGGGUAUAUACUUGUAUGGGCUUCAAAUGAACCUAUUUUACUAAAUCGCGGCUGUUUUAUAAUUUACUUCAAGAUUCAGCUCAACAGCAUUGAUGUUUUUAGAAGAAAUAAAAUUACUGCGCUGCUAUAUUUGAAUAGAUAUCAGAUAUCAAGAUCAAGCAAUAUUGCUUAGUCUAAUCAAAUCAUUGGUAAAAGACUCGUUUUAGAUUGAAAACUG